AUGCCGCAGAUCACAGCACACAGCGAAAUGGCUGCAUACAUAUUGACAUACAAUCACUUUUCAACGCUUUGCAUCGUUGAGCUGUGCACGCCACGCCAAGUGACCAAACAGGCUGAAUUGGUUUGGACGCGUUGCUGUGGGAAAGUGGAAUCUACGCAGCACGGCGUGGACGGCGGCCCUGUAUCGUGGCGUUUAACGCUCGAUCAGGAUCUUAUUGACACGCUCAAACGUAGUUUCCCAACUUGGUUUCAAGCGUCCGCCAGCAGUGACAUCACCACCACUACUUCAAUAACGACAACAACAACAGCAAUCACACCGGCUACAACGCUCUAUAAAUCAAAAACCACAGAACCAACGGAAAACGUAAAGUCAGUAAUCGUAAACCAACAAACCGUCGUUGAGACAAGCAAACACACGAGCGACAGUAACGGUAACUGUAACGGUAAUAGCAACACGAAUACUCAUCACAACAACACUAUUAUCAACAUCGCCAAAAGUGGUAACAAUUGUACGACACCCAUCACUGUUGACACCACAAACCAUCUGCAUCAACAACUGCCAUAUCUACAUCAUCACCAUUUGCAUCAUCACAGCAACGGCAACAGCUUAAAGCGACACAACAGCGACAGCAUUGGGAAAAACAUUUCUUCCCCACAGCUCAACGGUUGCAGUUAUUCAGCAAUUUUAUCCUCUUCAUCAUCAGCUUCACCUGCUUCGUCGAUAGCAUCGAAUUGCUCUGCAGUCUCCUCGAAGAAAUCCAUAUCGAGUCAUAAAAGCAGCAGCAGCAGUAGCAGUAGUUCUUCGUCAUCAUCAUCUUCCUCGAAAUCAUCGUCUUCCUCUGCCACUUCAGCUAGUUCGAAAAAUUCGUCUGCGAACGCUUCCACAUCCGUGAAGGCAACAUCUGAGAAAUUCAACAACGCCGCGAACGGCGUACAUCACAAAACCUCGAACGCCGCGCUUGUCGAAACGGGGAAGAAGUGUGUAGCGACAAAAGCAGCUGUGAAAUCGGCUGUCAAGUCGGUGGUGAAAGCGCGUGAAAAGUCAGCAGCGUCAACGCUUUCAGCGUCUUCAACAGUGGCGGUAGCAGCAGUAGCGACCACCGCAAACUUAAAAGGGUCGUCGUCGUCAACGAAGAGAUUAUAUCGGAUACGUCGUGUAACGCGCUCCUAA